AUGACAAGAUCUACGGAGAGACCACUCAAGCGCGCUCGCUAUGCUGAAGAUGAUCUCGAUAAUAACGAAUUGAUGUCCGCUGCCGAAGGAUUCUUCGAGGCUUUGGCCGAGGCCGGCGUCACUUACUGUUUCGUCAAUCUAGGAAGCGAUCAUCCUGCCAUGCUCGAAGCCAUGAUCAAAGCAAAGCAGAAGCAACUUACCAAAUUUCCCAACAUCAUUACGUGCCCAUCGGAACUUGUGGCUUUGUCGGCAGCUCUUGGCUUCGCUCAAGUCACAGGAGAUCCACAAUGCGUCCUCGUACAUGUAGACUGCGGCACACUAGCGCUUGGACAGUCCAUUCACAAUGCCUCCAUUGGUAGAGUGCCCGUGUUGUGCUUUGCAGGCCUUAGCCCCUUCACCCAAAGAGGAGAACUUCUAGGUUCACGAACUGAAUUUAUCCACUGGCUACAAGAUGUUCCUGAUCAAGCCUCGAUCCUCCGGCAAUAUUGCCGAUACUCCGGUGAAAUCAAAACUGGGCGGAAUAUUAAAGAAAUGGUCAACAGAGCCUUGCAAAUUUCCUUAUCGGAUCCCAAAGGUCCAGCUUAUCUUAUGGCUGCAAGGGAGGUUCUUGAAGAGAAAGUGGACAGAAAGUUUCUCGAAAAAGAGAAUCUAAACCCGAUCGCUCCAAGUGCCUUACCCGAGUCAGAUGUCGAAUUAAUUGCAAAUGCACUCUUAAAUGCGAAACGUCCCCUUGUGAUCACAGGCUAUCUUGGCCGCAACACUCAUGCUCCACCGCUUCUGGAAACACUUUGCGACAAAUUACCCAUUAGCGUUGUCGAGAUGGUAGGCUCCGAUCUCUGCAUACGGAGCAAUCAUCCAGCCUAUUUGGGCGUCACUGUCACAACACACCCGGCGGUUCUGGAAGCUGAUGUCAUUCUCAUCCUGGAUUGCGAUGUCCCGUGGAUCCCAACUGCAGGAAAGCCUCAAAAGGGCACAAAGAUAUUCCAUCUUGAUGUUGACCCGCUCAAGCAACAGAUGCCUCUCUUUUCUAUCAAUGCUAUUCGCAGACUCAAAGUCAGCUGCGAGAUUGCACUCAAACAGUUGAAUUCCUACCUGGAUGAACAAGCUUUAGACAGCCGGCGCUACAUUGAAGCUUUCAAAGCACGUGAAACCCGCUAUAAUGAAUGGCGUGAAGCCCUUCAGGCUUUGGAAAAGCCAUUGGAAACUAACAUCGUCACCGUGCCACACCUGACCUCCAAGUUGAGACAGCAACUCCCCGAAGAUACAACCUAUGUUCUUGAGGCAGUCACAAAUGCAGGACCUAUUAUCCACCACCUCAAUCUGGUAAAGCCAGGAAGUCUAGUCGGCAGUGGAGCUGGCGGUCUAGGCUGGGGCGGAGGUGCAGCCCUUGGGGUGAAACUAGCGAAGCCGGAGACCUUCAUCUGUGCAAUUGUUGGAGAUGGAACCUAUCUAUUCUCACAGAUGGAGAGCGUUUAUUGGAUCGCACGGCGCUACGAUAUUCCAUUUCUACUCAUUGUUUUGAACAACGGCGGAUGGAAUGCACCUAAAGUGUCCGCUCUCCUUGUUCAUAAGGACGGCCUAUCCUCUAAAUCUAACAGAAGAGAUCUCAACCUAUCAUUUGAACCCUCUCCCGAUUACCCAGGGAUUGCUACUGCAGCUGGAGGUGCCUGGGGAGCGACAGUCAAAACACAAAGCGAACUGGGUCCAGCCAUCUAUGAGGCCAGGGACGUUGUUCAGAGCGGCAGAUGUGCAGUGAUUGAAGUUGCGGUUCCAUCGAUGUGGAAGGAAACCUAG